AUGGAUUCAGUUGAGGCAGUCGAUAAAAAGUAAGUAAACGUGAUUAUUUUACAAGUUUAAUAAUUAAAGAAUUAAACUUAAAAGGAAUUUCUUACAUAACAUAGAAAACUCUUGAUGAAAUGGACCAAGGAACACGACAAGGAGUUGCUAAAAGAAAUGCUCAUGGAGAGGCCCUUCGAACAGCCAAAGGGAUCUCGAAUGAUUGGUUUAAUAUGGCAAAAGAUUAUGGAUAAUCUGAAUACUAAAGCGUACCCAAAGUUCUGUUUGAAAGGGAUACGAUCAGUGAGGGAACGUUACGGAAUACUAGAGGAAAAGUACAGACGAAAGAUGCGCGAGGAAAUGAAUGCAAGUGGCAUAAGUCCAGAAGCCAACGAGAUUGACCAACUACUGGAAGAAAUAAUUGCUUUAUUUGACAGCAACGAAGAGGUACGAGAAAAGGAAAAAGAGACAAAAAAUGAGGAAAAAGGUAUAGCCGAAGAUAUUAGGCUUAAAGCUUUAGAAACAGUUGGUGAAACUAAAAGGAGAAAGAACGAGAUAACUGUAGUAUAG